UCUUAGAAAAUUACGGUUUAUUCGAGUAUUCGCCGUGUCUACGAACGGACGACAAUCGUGAAAGCAACGCGAAGUUAAAAACUGAACUUUUUGAAUACAAGAAUAAUAAAAGUGCCAGCAAACGUCGCUGCUAGAAAAGCAACAAAUAAAUAUAAUAAUUAAAAUCAAUAAAAACAACAACAAAAUUAAUCAAUAAAUAAUAAUAAAGUGCUAAUCGCAGCUAAUAAAAUAAAUAUAAUAGCAAAGAGAGCCACAGCAAGAGGGAGCGAGCGCGAAAUCAUGUCGGACGACAGCUUGGAGGAUGGCGGUUUGAGCAGCGCCACUUCAAGUCCCGAAAAGCGUCGCUCGACGGUACCCGAUAUUUUACCACAUCAACGCAGUUUCGAGCAGCGCUAUAGUCACAUGAUACAUAAGCAAAUACUGGAGACGGGCGUGAAUAAGGAGGCGCUGCAGCGGCAAAUCAAUGCAUAUUUCUCAUGUGGUGGCGCCGGCAGCAGUGCCGGGGGUGGCGCCAGACACCGGCAGAGCUCCUUGCAGGAAGAUUUAAAUGAAAAUGUGGCAGAAGCUGCCGCUGAAGGCGAGGGUCUGACGGGUCAGGAGCAAGAACAGCAGGUUCGUGUGCAGCGUAGAGGGGAGGAGGGUAGAAGGACGUUGGACAAAGCAGAAACUGUGGAUAUAGCUGAGUUGCAAGGCGCGAAAGUUGCUGGUGAUUUGUAAAAGAGUUAUUUUUUUUAUGUUGCAUAUAGGCUGAGCCAUUUGUAUGUUUAGUGAAAAUAAGUAGAAAGUUAAAAAAAAUAUGGAAAUUGAAAAUCAUCAUGAAAGUUAUAUAAUUGAAUUUAACUAUUUGAGGAGCGUAUUGGAUUAUUUUUUUAAUAUUGAUUUUUGAAUUUUUAAAGCAAAAGUAGGAGAUUUUAUAUGCUAUUGAGUAUUAUAAUUGGAAACAUGACCUUAUAUGUAUUUAACAACUUAAAAAAAAAUAUUUAAUAUUAAAAAAA